CGCGCCGGCAAGAUGGCGGCUGCGGUGGUCCUGCGGCCUCUUUGCCGACUGUGUCGUGUGGUGCUGUUGCUCUCACAGUUCUAUAUCCUGUCGGGCGGCGGGUCCUUCAGCGAGGAGCCCUCGCAGCCGCUGCCGCAGGCCGUCAAGGACCCGGGGCCCACACGGACCUUCACAGCGGUGCCCAGGGCGGCAGAAAGUACCGAUAUCCCACCUUAUGUGAUGAAGUGUCCGAGCAAUGGCCUGUGUAGCAGACUUCCUGCAGACUGUAUAGAUUGCAAGACCAAUUUUUCCUGUGUCUAUGGGAAGCCUGUCACUUUUGACUGCACAGUCAAACCUUCUGUUACCUGUGUUGAUCCAGACUUCAAAUCCCAGAAGAGUUUCGUCCUCAACAUGACCUGCAGGUUCUGCUGGCAGCUCCCGGAGGCUGACUACGAGUGCGUCAGCUCCAGCAACUGCAGGGCGGUGUCCUGCCCUCGGCAGCGCUAUGCAACCAACUGCACUGUGCGGGACCACAUCCACUGCCUGGGGAACCGCACUUUUCUGAAGAUGGUCUACUGCAACUGGACCGGGGGAUACAAGUGGUCCACAGCCCUGGCGCUGAGCAUCACCCUCGGUGGGUUUGGAGCAGAUCGCUUCUACCUGGGCCAGUGGCGAGAAGGCCUCGGCAAGCUCUUCAGCUUCGGGGGCCUGGGAAUAUGGACGCUGAUCGAUGUCCUGCUCAUUGGAGUUGGCUACGUGGGACCAGCGGACGGCUCUUUGUACAUUUAGCUGCAGUUACAUGCUUCAGAGAGGAGCGGAGCUUAGCAAAUGUGCUUUGCCUGUGGGAAUCCACGUGGUUUGAGGGACUUGUAUGUGUGUUUAAUGUACAGCAUCUGUACUUUGCCUGCCUUGAUGAAGGUAAAAUAAAAAACGGUGAACCAUGCUUAUAUGGAAUUUGGUUUUCUUUGCCUGCAAUCUUUUUUUUUUUCUGUGAAAAAAUUUAAACUGGAAGAACGACCUGUGCAACUGAAAAUCUGUUUAGUUCCUACACUUGAGUUUUAUAUUACUUACUUCAGAGUGUAUCAUUUGUAUCUCCAACUUGAAUGUCAUCUGCCAUAAAAAACAUUUGAGCUAUAAUUGCAGAGAGUGAAAAUCUUUUCAUUCUUCAGCUAAAUAAAGUUAUUUAUCUAAACUUCAGUCAUCUCUUGAGUUUUACAAUGUAAUAAUGUCUGUGUAGUAUGGUCUUUCUGUAUGAUUGUUUGAAAUAAAUGCAGAAAUUUUGUGUCUG